GGAGGGAGCACUAGCUGCACUGGGAACACAGCCCCUUUCUACUGCAGACUCACUAGGGAGCAUCGGAAGGACACAGAACUAUGAAGAACUGACCCUCAGAGCUUGCCAUCAGACUAUUCAAAUCAAAACACACAUCAAAACAUUAAAAAUGUCUGUCAGCAACCAUGAAAAUCGCAAGUCCCGCUCCAGCACAGGCUCCAUGAACAUUCAUCUGUUCCAUAAACCAGGACAUGCUGAUAGCCUCCUUACACAACUCAAUCUGCUGCGUAAACGUUGCCUCUUCACAGACGUAGUCCUACUAGCAGGGAAUCGUGCAUUUCCCUGCCAUAAAGCAGUUCUAGCCUCCAGUAGUCGAUAUUUUGAGGCCAUGUUUAGUGGUGGGCUGAAGGAGAGCCAAGAUGGGGAAGUCAACUUUCAAGACGCUCUGCACCCUGAGGUUCUUGAGCUACUGCUAGAUUAUGCUUAUUCGGCCCGGGUCAUCUUUAAUGAGGAGAAUGCAGAAUCCCUCCUUGAAGCUGGAGAUAUGCUGCAGUUUCAUGAUAUAAGAGAUGCUGCUGCAGAAUUUCUUGAAAAAAAUCUACAUCCAGCCAAUUGCCUCAACAUGAUGCUCAUCUCUGAUGCUCACUGCUGUGAGAGAUUGUUGGAGCUAUCGUGGAGGAUGUGCCUUGCCAAUUUUGUUGAGUUGUCAAAAACUGAGGAUUUCUUGAGGCUGCCUAAAAUGAAGUUGAUGGAACUUGUUCUUAGUGAGGAGCUGGAGGUUGAAGAUGAGAGUUUAGUCUAUGAGGCAGUUAUGGGUUGGAUAAAAUAUGAUUUGAACCUUCGUCUUGAUGAUCUUCCAGAUGUCCUGCGCUAUGUUCGCCUGGCCCUUCUGUCUGAGCAGCACCUUCGAAGCCUAGCUGAAGAUGAACUUGUUGUCAGGAACAAACUAGCAAAGGAGAUUGUUGAAGAGGCUGCUCGAUGUAGAGCUAAAAUUUUGCAAAAUGAUGGAUUGGUGACUGGCUUCUGUGCUCGUCCUCGUAAAGUCAGCCAGGCCUUAUUGCUUCUGGGUGGACAGACUUUUAUGUGUGACAAAAUUUAUGUGAUGGACCAAAAGACCACAGAAAUAAUCCCUAAGACUGACAUUCCCAGCCCACGCAAGGAAUGUAGUGCAUGUGCCAUUGGUUGCAAAGUUUAUGUUACAGGUGGUAAGGGUGCUGAAAAUGGAGCCUCAAAGGAUGUUUGGGUCUAUGACACUCUUCAUGAUGAGUGGUCCAAGGCAUGCCCCAUGCUGGUAGCCAGGUUUGGUCAUGGUUCUGCAGAGCUGGACCAUUGCCUUUAUGUGGUAGGAGGGCACACUGCCAUGACAGGGGCUUUUCCAGCAUCUCCUUCAGUCUCCCUAAAACAGGUGGAACAUUAUGACCCUCAAAUGGACAAGUGGGCCCUGGUGGCUCCUCUAAGGGAAGGGGUAAGCAAUGCAGCAGUAGUAGGAGCCAAAAUGAAAUUAUUUGUCUUUGGAGGUACAAGUGUCAACCGUGAAAAGCUUCCCAAAGUUCAAUGCUUUGACCCUCUGCAGAACAGAUGGACAGUGCCUGCUAGUUGUCCUCAGCCUUGGCGAUACACUGGGGCAGCUGUUCUUGGAAACCAUGUCAUUGUAGUAGGUGGGGACACAGAGUUUUCUGCCAGUUCUGCAUAUCGGUUUAACAGUGAGACUUAUCAGUGGUGCAGGUUUGGAGAUGUAUCAUCUAAGAGAAUCAGUUGCCGAGCAGUGGCCUCUGGAAACAGACUCUAUGUGGUGGGUGGAUAUUGUGGCACACAACGCUGUAAAACAUUGGACUGUUAUGAUCCGUCAAGUGACUCAUGGAGUAGUGUUAGCACUGUUCCUUACUCCCUGAUCCCCACAGCUUUUGUCAGCACAUGGAAGUAUCUUUCUGCAUGAAGGCAAUAAAAGGUUGUCCUGAAUAGUGGCUAUUGGACUUUACUUCUGCAUUUUUAUUUUGCACUGGACUUAAGUAGCUUUGGCCUACUGCACUGGAUUCUGGGAAAUGAGCAACCCAUUUUGAAAGGCUUUACCUCACCUUUUGGAAAAUUGUGAAGAUCUGCUGAUAUUUCUUUAUCUAUCAGGAUUUGAUGGAUUCUCACUCAGAAAAACUGAACAUUUUAUAUUAAAAUGGAAUAUUAAAAAAACGAAAUACUAUAAACGCAGAUAUCAGCGUUAAACAUUAUACAAACAUUAAGUGAUUAAAGCAUAUUUUUUUUUUUCUUCCAUCACACUCUGUAAAUGGGUUAAUACUAGCAAAUGAAGAAAAUAAAUUGUCUGGCUGAAGAAAAAUAAGGUAAUAAAAACAUUUAUAGACUUACCGUCAAAUUAGCCAUUUAAUCUGGAUAACAACCAUUCAUCUUUUAAGGUUUCUAAACAUGACAAGGCAUUAGGUAGUCCCACUUAUUAAUUUUUUUCUUAAUGAAAAUAUUAUGUCGUAAAUGUGGCAUUGAAACGUAUUUUGUGAUGUAAAUGUGCGCUGUGGUUUGGGUUUUAUACUGUAGAAAUGAGCAAACAUCUCGUUCCAUUUCUCUUUGUUACCUUGUGUAUAACAUUCCAUUCUUUUUUAUUCCCUUCUGAAUGGGACCAAAACUGUAUUGUCCUUAUGAUAUUCUCAGAUAUAGGAAGCACAGAUUCAAUACCUAAGCAGGGUACUUUUUAUAAAGGGACACUAAAUAUAUUGUUAUUACAAGACCAUUCUGUUGUCUGAUAGAUUAUUUAUCAGUCAAACAAAUUAAUAUCUUCCUGCAGUUGUUUUUUCAAUAGCCAUACUCCACCCCAAUCUUGGCUUGAGUCUGCACCUGACAAGGCUCACCACGAUCAUAGUGUAAGUAUAAACUGCAUUUUUGCAGUUCUUAUCUGUUAAAGACGAUUAGGGAAAUAUGUGUAGCAGGGUUAACCGUGUGGAGUUUGCAGGAUACUUUUUUUUUCAGUUCUGAAAUGACAAAAUCCACAAUUUUCAUAGCUUAACUACAUGAAAAGAGUCAUCCAUAAAUUUAAACAUUUUAUCUAUAAAUCUCCAGGUGUUUAGUGUCUCUUUAACUUGCAUCAGCAUUUCAAAUAAGAAUGUUUCAUUUCUAAAACAUAUUUAAAUUCUAUUUUCCUUGCAACAUAAAUGGAAAUUUUUGCCUAACUUGAUGCUGUUUUGUUAGCAAACGGCUAACACAAGAUAAUCAAUAGUCUUCAACACAAGCAGAGUGUAUAAAGGGUAUAAAUAAAAUCUUAUGAAGUGUUGGGUAAUAAGCAGGUAGCUUAAUUUAAAGGGACAUAAACACUAAAUACAUUUUUGAAGCAUAGUAUUAGGUUAUUUUCUGCAGUGUAACCUAGGUUCCAAAAUGGCAGCACUUAUGAUUACAGGGAGGGGCAAGAUGAAAUGUGUUUAGUGUCCCUUUAAUGUUAAGAUUGUGAUUGGUAAAAAUAUUUCUUUUUUUAUUGAAGAAGUAUUUAGGACUAAACAUAACUUUUUUUUCUUCCAUCCAACCCCCAAAUAUUUUUUUUUAUCCUUUCUACAAAAAACGGUUCUGCUACUUGCUUAGAUUGACAGAUGCCGGUCAUUCCAUUUUAAAUGCUUUACCUUUGUUUCCUGUAUUUUUAUUUGUGAAACGUAACUUUCAUGUAUUACAAUGAAAAUGUUUGCUAUCUCUUGUACAGUCAGCAUUAUAUUUCUACAAUUUUUGUUAGUGGUACUGUGCUACUUGGUGUUUGUGUAUUUUUUUCUUAAAGAACUCUUUUUUGUAUAUGAAUAUUUUCAGCCUGGUGCUGUGUUCCCUCUGUUCUUUAUUAAAAACAGAAUUUGCUUUGUAA